CCUUCUUCUUCCCUUUACUGAUAAACACACACAGUAUUAAAGUUUUUAGAAUCAAAUCCCUCCAAAUUCACCAAAACCCUAACCCUUUUCCCCAAAUUCAAUCCCAAAUUCACAAAAAAUGUGGUUCCUUUGUUCCCGAAUUCAAUUGUGUUGAAAACUUUAUCUGAAUUGCUUCGUUUUUAUCGCCGGGUCGGGUUAUUUGUGUAUGAAAAUGGCGGAGCCGAUGAGGAGAUACAGUGUUGGAUACGCGUUAGCUCCGAAGAAACAAGCGAGUUUCAUUCAACUUUCCCUUGUGAACCUUGCUAAAGAACGAGGGAUUGAUCUCAUUAAGAUCGAUACGGAAAAGCGCUUGAUUGAUCAAGGACCGUUUGAUUGUGUGCUACAUAAAAUGGACGGUGAUGAUUGGAAGCGUCAGCUGAAAGAGUACGGAUCUGAAUUUCCUCAGGCGCUUAUUAUUGAUUCCCCCGAAGCGAUUGAGCGGUUGCAUAACAGGAUUUCGAUGCUUCAGGCGGUGGGGGAGGUUGAAAUCGACUGUGAAAAUGCUUCGUUUGGGAUUCCGAAGCAAACUGUAAUCUAUGAUGCAAAAAUGGUGUCGGCUAUAAACCUUGAACAUGAAGGUUUGGAAUUCCCGGUGAUUGCGAAGCCAUUGGUGGCUGAUGGAAGUGCAAAGUCGCACAAAAUGUUGCUUGUUUUCAACAAGGAUGGGUUGAGAAAAUUGAAACCGCCUAUUGUGUUACAGGAGUUUGUGAAUCAUGGGGCAGUGAUUUUUAAGGUGUUUGUGGUUGGUGAUUAUGUCAAGUGUGUCAAAAGGAAGUCUUUACCAGAUGUAAAGGAGGAUGGUUUAGGGAGAGUAGAGAGUUACUUGCCAUUUUCUCAGGUUUCGAAUUUGAAUAAUUUUGAAAAGAAUGAUGAUAAAUACUAUAAGUUGAUGAAUUUGGAAAAUGCUGAAUUCCCCCCUUUGAGUUUUCUUACUGAUAUAGCUAGGGGACUUAGACGGGUGACAAAAUUGCAUCUUUUUAAUUUUGAUGUGAUUAGGGAUAAUAGAGUUGGAAAUAGGUAUCUGAUCAUUGACAUUAACUAUUUCCCUGGGUACGCAAAGAUGCCGAAUUAUGAGAGAGUGUUAACAGACUUUUUCUGGGAUGUUUUGAAUCAGAAUGAUAAGAGCUUGGGGAGUUUAAAGAAUGUUCACUGUGAAAAGGAAGUUAGGGUUUUGGUUGGGAAUAGCGGGUGUGGCGAGGAUGAAGGAACAUUGCCUGUUUCACCGCUUAAGAUAGAAGAAAAUGAGAACCCUAUUCAGGUGUGAAAUGUUAAGUGCAUAACUCAAUCUGGUAUUUGGUUGUGGGAAGCAACAGGUUGCUCUGCAAAAUUUGCUGAAGUUCGAGCAAGCUGCAGGGACUUAUUUUAGGUUUGGAUUGGUAAACCUUGGUUGCUCGACGUCAGCUCACAAGGAUGAUAGCACGCAACUCACAUGAGUUACAUGGAACAAAUUGGCAGCAACUAAUCAGGUAUAAGUAUGAGAUGUCAGUUCCUUCUCUCGUUCUAGUGCAUCGUCACAUCUCCUCAUACAUAGCAUGCGUCUCUGCAGUUUCAUGAUCUUGCACCAUGUAAAAGCUUGUGUUGUAGAAUGAAAGCGAACAAAAUUGAACAUUUGUGUCAACUUAUAUUGUACUGGUUUACAGAUUUUGUUUGUGUUUCUGUUGGAUUUGAGUA